CACCGCAUUCCCAGCCUGGGGGCCUGGAGGCAAUGUCCUUCGACUGCCCGCUUCUCUGAACCUCCCGGGGAAGCAGCCCUCCGCCGCGGCGCAGGGCAUUCUCGAAGGGAGAGCUUGAACUUGGCCCUACACGGUCCUCCGAGAUGAGCUCGGGGCUCCCCAGACUGAAGCCACACUGCGCGACGAGCUGACCUCUACUCACGGUCUCGGAGACUUCUGUCGUCCCCAGGACUGCGGGAGGGGCCGCGGCGUCCCCGCCCUCGGAGGAGCCGGAGCCGGAGCCGCAGGAUGCGCGGGGACGCGCCGCCGCCCUCCGCACCCAGUUCCGCUGGCGCUUCCCCGGCUACUCCCGGGCGCUGAUCUCCGGGCUUCUCCGCCCUCCUAGCCGCCCGCCCGCGCGGCGCUGGACCUCGCCGAGAGCUGCUCCUGUUGCCCUCGCCACGGCGCGGACAAUAAACUAAUGCCUCGUGCUUGAGGGGAGGGGGCGGCUCAGCGCUCGGGUCGCAGCUUUCUCGCCCGGCCGGAGACCGCCGCCGCCGACAUGGGCUGUUUCUGCGCUGUUCCGGAAGAAUUUUACUGCGAAGUUUUGCUCCUGGAUGAAUCCAAGUUAACCCUCACCACCCAGCAGCAGGGCAUCAAGAAGUCAACAAGAGGUUCCGUUGUCCUUGACCACGUAUUCCGUCACAUAAACCUCGUGGAGAUUGAUUAUUUUGGGCUGCGUUACUGUGACAGAAGCCAUCAGACAUAUUGGCUGGAUCCUGCAAAAACCCUUGCUGAACACAAAGAACUGAUCAACACUGGACCUCCAUAUACUUUGUAUUUUGGUAUUAAAUUCUAUGCUGAAGAUCCAUGUAAGCUUAAAGAAGAAAUAACCAGAUACCAGUUUUUCUUGCAAGUGAAGCAAGAUGUCCUUCAGGGCCGGCUGCCCUGCCCUGCCAGCACUGCUGCUCAGCUGGGAGCAUAUGCCGUCCAGUCUGAACUUGGAGAUUAUGACCCAUAUAAGCAUACUGCAGGAUAUGUGUCAGAAUACCGGUUUGUUCCUGAUCAGAAGGAAGAACUUGAAGAAGCCAUAGAAAGAAUUCAUAAAACUCUAAUGGGUCAGGCUCCUUCUGAAGCAGAGCUGAAUUAUUUGAGGACUGCAAAAUCCCUGGAGAUGUAUGGCGUUGACCUCCAUCCCGUCUAUGGAGAAAACAAAUCUGAGUAUUUCUUAGGAUUAACUCCAGUUGGUGUUGUUGUCUACAAAAAUAAAAAGCAAGUGGGGAAGUAUUUCUGGCCUCGGAUUACAAAGGUUCACUUCAAGGAGACGCAGUUUGAACUCAGAGUACUGGGAAAAGAUUGCAAUGAAACUUCAUUCUUUUUUGAAGCUCGGAGUAAAACUGCUUGCAAGCAUCUUUGGAAGUGUAGUGUAGAACAUCAUACAUUUUUUAGAAUGCCAGAAAAUGAAUCAAAUUCAAUGUCAAGAAAACUCAGCAAGUUUGGAUCCAUGAGUUAUAAGCACCGGUAUAGUGGCAGGACAGCAUUGCAAAUGAGUCGAGAUCUUUCUAUUCAACUUCCCCGGCCAGAUCAGAAUGUGGCAAGAAGCCGAAGCAAGACUUACCCUAAGAGAAUAGCACAGACACAGCCAGCUGGAUCAAACAGCAUAAACCGGGUAACUGCAAACACGGAAAAUGGAGAAAAUGAAGGAACAACUAAAAUUAUUGCACCUUCACCAAUAAAAAGCUUUAAGAAAGCCAAGAAUGAAAAUAGUCCUGAUAUCCAAAGAAGCAAACCUCAUGCGCCGUGGGAAGAAAAUGGCCCCCAGAGUGGUCUCUACAACUCUCCCCAUGACCGCACGAAGUCCCCAAAGUUCCCCUGCGCACGCCGCCGAAACCCCUCCUGUGGGAGCGACAACGACUCUGUACAGCCGACAAGGAGAAGGAAAGCCCAUAACAGUGGUGAAGACUCAGAUCUAAAGCAAAGGAGGAGGUCCCGCUCGCGCUGUAACACAAGCAGUGGUAGUGAAUCAGAAAAUUCCAAUCGAGAACACCGGAAAAAGAGAAACAGAAUACGGCAGGAGAACGACAUGGUUGAUUCAGCGCCUCAGUGGGAAGCUGUAUUAAGGAGACAAAAGGAAAAAAACCAGGCGGACCCCAACAACAGGCGAUCCAGACACAGAUCUCGCUCGAGAAGCCCUGAUAUCCAAGCAAAAGAAGAGUUAUGGAAGCAUAUUCAGAAGGAACUUGUGGAUCCGUCUGGGUUAUCAGAAGAACAAUUAAAAGAGAUUCCAUACACUAAAGUAGAAUUGCUUGUUCAGGACUCAAGGCGACCCGAUCCGAAUCAGACAUUCUCAUUCGCCGCGAAGUUACCGCCAGUACCGCCGGUCCCAGUGUUCAGACGGAGAGCGAUCCGUUCUGUCGGAAGUGAAGUAAGCAGUUCAAAAACGGAUCUUGUACCUCCACUUCCCGUGACCCGCUCUUCAGAUGCGCAGGGUUCUGGUGGCUCCACAGUUCAUCAGAGGAGAAAUGGGUCUAAAGAUAGCCUGAUUGAAGAAAAAUCUCAGACAUCUACAAGCAAUCUGGCUGGAAAACAUAUAGCAAAAACAAUAAAAACUAUCCAAGCUUCACGCCUCAAGAUAGAGACUUGAUCCCAGUGAAAGGCUUGGGAUGGGGGAUUCAGAGGGGGUGGAAAGGGUGUGUGCUGCCUUUACUUUGAAACUGUGAAUUGUAAUUAUUCAAGUAUCUUGGACCUCCAAGUGUUUCUUCACAAGAAAAUCGAGUCUGUUGCUCCUUUUAAAAGGUUUAACUACAGUGUAUUUGUGCUGAAGAGCCUUUUUUUUUUUUUUUUGGUAGUAACUGGAAAGUCAUCUUGUAAAAACUCAUGCCGUAUCCACAACCCAAGCCAGGUGUUUCUGGACUCCUGGGACUGCAGCUGGCCAGCUGUGCAAUAGUACAAGUGCUCUCCCCCUCUAGGUGGACCUCCACCUGUGCAGAUGCAUAACUGGGGCUACAUCACUUUCACACUGUAGAUAUUUUUACUCAUAUAAAUGUUCUUUGUAAUGCUGUAUUUUGUGGCAUUAAGUUCCACUGGUUAUUUACAAAUGUAAAGUUUUGUUUGAAAGCAUUGCUUUUAAUUUCUAGUGUCCUUGUCUUGUUUUCAGGAAAAAAAGAUUUUUGUGGGUCUAUUCAUGACCACCCUCAACCUCAAAUGGUCCCUCCAGUCUGCCUGGUUGACUCUCCCCAAACUAUUUCAGACCUUUCCCCCCUGCAAUGUACCUUACAUGAAAAUAAAACACUAAUGCAAGCCA